AUGAUGACGCUGAUCGACUGCUCGGGGUGCCGUACCCCGCUGCAGCUGCCGCACGGGGCUCCCUGCAUCCGAUGCGCCAUCUGUGGGGCCAUCACGCACGUCGCCCCCGCCCCUCCCGCCGACCCCAACCGCGGCACCGUACAGCCAGCGCCGGGGUGGGGCCCGCCGCCGCCGCCGGUGCACGGGCGGAAGCGCGCCGUGGUGUGCGGGAUCUCGUAUCGGUACUCGCGGCAUGAGCUGAAGGGCUGCAUCAACGACGCCAAGUGCAUGCGCCACCUGCUCAUGACGCGCUUCAACUUCCCCGACGACUCCAUCAUCAUGCUCAACGAAGAACAAACUGACCCCUACAAAAUCCCAACAAAGCAUAACAUAAGAAUGGCCAUGUAUUGGCUUGUGCAAGGUUGUCAACCUGGAGACUCAUUGGUGUUCCAUUAUUCUGGGCAUGGAGCGCAACAAAGAAACUACAAUGGAGAUGAGGUUGAUGGGUUCGACGAAACCCUCUGCCCAUUGGAUUUUGAGACACAAGGAAUGAUUGUGGAUGAUGAGAUAAAUACAGCACUAGUUAGGCCACUUCCUCAUGGAGUUAAACUUCAUGCACUCAUUGAUGCUUGUCAUAGUGGGACUGCACUUGAUUUGCCUUACCUCUGCAGAAUGAAUAGGAGUGGGCAAUAUGCAUGGGAAGAUCACCGACCACGAUCUGGUGUCUGGAAAGGCACUAGUGGUGGGGAGGCUAUUUCAUUUAGUGGUUGUGAUGAUGAUCAGACCUCUGCAGAUACCUCUGCUUUGUCAAAGAUCACUUCGACUGGUGCAAUGACAUUCUGCUUCAUCCAAGCUAUUGAACGUGGACAGGGCACCACCUACGGUAGUAUCCUGAACUCCAUGCGUUCAACAAUACGCAACACAGGUGACUCAGCGGGUGUAGGUGGCGGUGCUGUUACAUCACUAAUUACAAUGCUUCUUACUGGAGGGAGCCUUUCUGCUGGUGGUCUGAGACAGGAGCCACAACUGACGGCGUGCGAGACAUUUGAUGUCUAUGCGAAGCCCUUCUCCCUAUGA